AUGGACAUUGCGAAGACUUUCGACCAUGAGCCGUUCAGGCAUACCGAUCCUAAAUACAAAUGUCUGUGCAACAAGAUGCAUGUGAAGCAAGGAUGCAAGUGCAUUCUCGCCUUCCUAAUUAUCGUUGUCAUUAUUGCUGCACUUCUCCUGAUCCUCAACUGGAACAUUGGAACAUGGACCACCGUUAUCAUCCACGCCAUUCUCCUCAUCGGUGUUAUUGCAUGCGCCGUCGCUCUUCUUCUUGCCAUGAAAACCGAAAAAGAGAAACUUUUACUCCCGGUGGCUGGAAUUGCUAUUCUUGGAGCUAUUAUCUCGAUUAUCUUCUUGGCCUUCACAAUCUGGUCUCUAAUUGACCCAUCCGGCCCAACUGGACAACUUGUUAACAACUUUGUUGUAAGCCAGAAUGCAUCACAAACCGAGGAUCAAGGAUUGGAAGAGAACAGAGAAGAAAUCGAAACCAUCUCCGCCAUCACCAUCGUCGUCGCCUUGGCUGCUCUAGCCGCGAGCAUUUGGGUAGCAUUCGUUGUGUACAAAUACUACAUGUACCUCAAAGACAUGAAGUUCGCUAGAGUCCCAAAGAACCAGGUCCACAUUGAAAUCACCGACUUGAAGAAGGGAAUCAACCAAUAA